AUGGAGACGCAUACGUCCGACAUUGAUCCAGCAGACGGAAUCGACACGUUUGCGAACCGCGCCCACAACUCUGACAAACCCGAGGAGCACGAUGAAGUCGAACCCAUGGCAAUCAGCAAGGAGCUCCUCGAGCGAGAGCGCAAGUACCUUGAACGCAACAAGAAGAUCCAGAUGGAGACCCACAAAGUCGUCAAGAAUGCCGAAGCCGUUGUGAGGGAGGGCCGAGAGAUUCUCGAAGCACCCUUGACCGCAGGAACACCCAUGCUCAGCAAGGCCGCCGAGGACUCGACUGGACCGAGCGUCGGAUCAAAGCAGAGCCUUUUGAAGACAAAGGCCAAGACUACCAGAGCACGCCUGGAGGUGCCGACAAUACCCGAGGACAUUGAUGACGAGAACGAUGGGAUCACAUCUGCGUCUGUGCGGAUCCUCAAGUCCAAAAUCAGCCUGAUGCAGCAGGAAAUCAACAAGCUCAUUCAAGAAAAUGCGGAGAAGGACUCGACGAUAUCCAGCCAACAAACCGAGAUCACAGCCCUCAGCGGCGAGAACGUGAGGCAUCAAAAGGGCAUCUCCAGCCUGACCGGGCAACUCGAGAAGCUCAAGAAAGCCGGGGACGCCCAAAAGAAACACUGCGACAGCUUGGAGAUGGAACUCUCGACGACGCGCAAGGAAAUCGAAAAUGCGGUCAAGAGAGAGAAGGAACGAGAGCUCGAAGUCAAUGCCAAGGAUUUGAGACUCAAUCGCGCGCUGGAGGACAUUGAGAAGCUCAAGCAGACCGUAGCCAAAGCCACCAUGGACUCCAAGGACAAAGCCGAGGCCUCCAAGAAAACGGCGGACAGACUACUGGUGGAUAACAAGCGGCUUGAGAAGCAAAAAGCCGAGAUUUUGAUGGCGUUCAAGAAGCAGAUGCAGCUGAUCGAUGUGCUCAAAAAGCAAAAGAUCCACAUCGAAGCUGCUCGGAUGCUGCAGUUUACUGAAGACGAGUUCAUGAAAGCCAUGAGCUUCGAGAAUGAGUAGGCAUCCCGAGGGGGGGGGCGGUACUAUCAAUCGGUUGGGUGCAUUGCACCCCUGGGUUCCGAUCAUGCCACUGCGGUGCCAUCAGUGUCCAG